CGAACCUGUACCCAGCAGUGUGUUAGUGCCUUGCUCAGCGGCCUCUGACUGUCCCCUCUGUCUCCUCCUCAGUAUGUAACUUCAUGUGUCACGAGAAAUGCCUGAAGACGCUGCGUUCAGUGUGUUCCUGCAUGACUCCAUCUGUGGUGCGGGUCCCGGUGGCUCACUGCUUCGGUCCGGCGGGUCACAAGAAACGUUUCUGCUGCAUCUGCAGGAAGCAGACGGAGGGAAGCACGGCGCUGCGCUGCGAAGUGUGUGAGCUGCACGUCCAUGCUGACUGUGCUGCGUUCAGCUGUGCCGACUGUCGCCAGUCUCACCUGGAUGUCUCUCUGGAGCAGGAUACGUUCCACCACCACUGGAGGGAGGGUAACCUGGCGUCAGCGGCGAGGUGUGAGGUUUGUCGGCGGUCCUGCGGUUCGUCUGACGUCCUGGCGGGGAUGAGGUGCGAGUGGUGCGGCAUCACGAGCCAUGCCGCGUGUUACCUCAGCGUGCCACCAGAGUGCACUCUGGGACGUCUGCGCUGCAUGCUGCUGCAUCCGGCCUGCGUCCGCCUCGACUCCAGAAACUUCAGCAAGAUGCACUGCUACCGCAUCACCGAGAGCUGCAGCCAGGACCUGGUUGGAUGUUGAAGAUGUUCCUUGAAAAACACACUAUUUCUGUCCUCAAUAAUUUGUGGAGUCCUACAGGGAAGCAUCCUGGGUCCUCUGAACUUCCUAUGAAUUUUGUUUUAUAAACUUUGGGACAAACUGUCCCUUUAAAUUCCUAUAUUUAAACUAUACUAUUAAACUAUAUUUAUAUUAUUUCCUUGUCCUUUAUUUAACCAUCAUAAUUAAAAACAGUUAUGAGAAUAGAUAAGAUAACUGUCAUACACACAACACACAGCCUCAGUUAUAUUCAGUUAAUGUGGUCACACUUGUAUUUAAGUUGCUUUGAAGAAAACGGGCUUGAGUUCAUUCGUACCUCCAGAUGUUGGAGAUGUGUGAUGAUGUGUUAAUUAUUAUUAUUAUUAUUAUUAUUAAUUAAUGCCCCGUCCUUGUUCCUCUGUGUUUCCCUCCAU